AGUCUCACUCGCUCACUGAACUCAGCAGGAGAUCUCUUCAAUGGCGGACCCAGCGCUCCACCACGAGACCCAGCCCCUGAAGCAGAUCGCGGUCGACUACACCCCGGAGGCCUGCGACCACUGCGCGGAGUCCAACUCGAUCGCCCUCACCUACGACCACCGCGGCGGCGCUCGGUGGCGGACCACCAGCCGGUUCCAGUACGGCACCUUCAGCGCCCACAUCAAGUGCCCUGGCGGCAACACUAGCGGCCUCAACUUCAACCUCUACCUCUCCUCCCUCGAGGGGGACAAGUCCCAGGACGAGAUCGACUUUGAGUUCCUCGGCAAAGACAGGACCAUCGUACAGACCAACUAUUACACCACAGGGACUGGGAACAGAGAACAGAUUCACGAUCUGGGGUUCGACUGCUCGGAUGGGUUCCACAAGUACGUCAUCAAGUGGGACAAGGAUUUCAUCGAGUGGCUGAUCGAUGAGAAGGUCGUGAGGAGGGAGGAUCGGAAGCCAGGGGAAUCUUUCCCGGAUAAGCCGAUGUUCCUGUACGCCUCGGUCUGGGAUGCGAGCUACAUUGACAAUGCAAGGUGGACGGGACCGUAUAUUGGUUGCGAUGCGCCAUACGUCUGUCUUUACAAGGAAAUCCACGUCCCCUCUAGGACUGCAGUGGAGUGAUGAAAAUUCGAUCGGAGCAUCUCAUUUGGUGAGUUGGAGUCUGCUAUCAGUUUACUGAUGGAAUUUAUAUCAUGUAAUGUGUGUGUUGUUUGAGAUUUGUUCUGGUUUUCGCUGAUAUGGGGAGAGUGAUGGUUUGCUGAAUAAAGUUCAGUUUGGUGAACAGCUCAUCUGUCUCAAUUCAGUAUAUCCGGCAACAUGUUUGGCUAUAUAAUGUAAACUGAGGUCUCAAUAUAACUCGUCUUAUCUUUUUCGGUCAAUAAAUGAUUGUUUAUGCUACUGACAUCAGAACGAAUCUAGUUGCAUUGCAUUGGCCUCGA